AUGAAUCCUGUUUUCAACAAUACAGCAGAAAGACAACAAGUAGACAUAAGUAUUCAAAUGAUGGUUGCUCUUAAGUGCUUGGAAAUAUAUGGAACUGGUGUUACUGCUGGUAGUAUUGCACAGACAAUUGGUCAACAAUGUAGAACUGGCAUGACACAAGAAAAUGUGGAUUUCAAUACUGUUCAUUCCAAUAUCUGUGUUUCUGUAGAACACUGCAUUAGAAUCCUAAAAGAAAGAUUUCAAUCUUUAAAAGGCCUCAAGACAGUGAUCCACACUAAAAAAGAUAUAAGAAAAAUGUGCUACUAG